AUGAUGCUCGACGCUGAGCUCUUCUACCAGGAGAGUUGGGAUGACCCGAAUUACACAAUGAGUGACUGGGAUGACGAAUCAGUCUGGGCAUGGGGAACCAAAGGGAUUGUAAACUUUGGCAUCGAGAGCUUAACCAGCUUGAACAGCCUCCUAACCCAGGACACGCCAGUAAACAGUACCUGCUCCGGCGCAUCGAUCAACUGCGUCGAUGGCGUCGCUAAGAGAGAGGCCGACGAUGAUGCAUGUUCCGACACCUCUUCCCUCCAGUCUCUCGAGCGCGUCGCGACGGGUGAGAUCACCAACGGCGGUCUCUUCAUUAUGGUGGGCUCGAGUCUAGAGGAACUCUGCUCUGCCGAGAACGGCGGGUCUAUGAGCUUCGAUUAG